GAGCCACAGAGGCAUUGGUUAUAAGGGCCCCUUCAAACUCAUUCCCUGAGCUUGUCAACAGGUGUCAGAGAGAGAAGAAAUAGAGUGACAGAUUCUCAGGCUUUCAGAGGAGGGAGUCACAGGGAACUGCAACGCCAUGACCACUAGACUUCACUGGCUCACAAGAGCCCUAUGCCUGAUAAGCAUACUGUGCACUGUCACUUCCACAUAUGUGACAGAAGAUUAUUCAUCCCCCGCUGAGAAAGAAGUCACCUUCAGCCAYGUCUAUAAGAUUGACCUGUCCAAGAGCCCUGAGUGUAAACUCGCCUUGCAGACCCCCCCUUCCCAACAGGACCAGUUUUCAGGCCUGCAAGAGCUGGAAGGGGGCGCUACUCUGGAGGGGGAAAACAACAUAGUUUUCAGGCACCAAAUCAACCUCAAGACCCCAAAGUGUGACUGUGAUGAGUCGGAGAGCUUUACGUCUCUGCUGUACAGAGUCAACGGGCUGGAGGAGGAGGUGGAACACCUGAAGAGUCAGUGCUCCCAGGGCUGCUGUGGUGGAGCAGGAGGUGUGGACACUAGCUGUAGUGGCCACGGGACCUACCAGCACAACACCUGCAGUUGUCAAUGCAACCCUAGCUGGGAGGGUCCAGACUGCUCCAUUUCCACCUGUCCUGAUAAGUGCAACGACAACGGCCGCUGUGUGGAUGGCAAGUGUGUCUGCCACGCUGGCUACACGGGGAGUGACUGCAGCCAGCUGAUGUGCCCAGGGGCCUGCAACGAUAAGGGACACUGCGUGGACGGCAAGUGUGUUUGCUUCAGCCACUUCACUGGCGAGGACUGCAGCGAACAGAAAUGCGAUCCUGACUGCAUCCACGGCACCUGCGUGAACGGAAUGUGUAUCUGUGACGAAGGCUUCUUUGGUGAAGACUGCUCUACAGUGUUGGGCCCUAACGGCCUGCGUCUGGUAAGGGUGACUGAUAAUUCUCUGCUGGUGGAAUGGGAGGCUGUGAAAGCAGCAGAGUACUACAUCCUGACCUGGCACCCUGAGGGCAAUGAGGCAGAGCUGGAGCGGGUCACCGUGCCCAACACAGAGACCUCCUACCUGAUCACAGGACUCAGCCCAGGUGUCACCUACAUAGUGCAGGUGUACGCUGUCAUCAAGGAGAUCCAGAGUGAGGGGGACAGGAUAGAGGCGACCACAGAGGUGUCUGGUAUUGAUGGUAUCCGGGUAUUGGGCCAGACUGAGGACUCUAUCCAGGUGGACUGGCAGAACCCUGCARCACCUCUAGACCACUUCAGACUGACCUAUGCUAACCCUGACGGGCAGGAGGAGGAGCAGAACGUACCAAUGAGUGCAGAGGCCAGGACCACCCAAACCAUCGUAGGACUGCAACCUGGCACUGAGUACCUCAUCAGAGUGCAAGGCAUCAAAGGGACCAUCGAAGGGAAAGCCGCCUUCGCCACCGGGGUCACAGAUCUUGACGGUCCUACUAACCUCUUGACCAAAGAAGUGACAGAGGAUACCGCUACCGUGGAAUGGCAGAAGGUACAAGCAGAGAUCGACGRCUACAUGAUCAGCUACAGCUCUGCUGAGGGCUCCAGUGGGGAGAUCCCUGUUGGGGCAGACAGCACCUCCUACAGGCUGACUGGGCUGAAGCCUGGAGUCCUCUACACAGUCUACAUUUGGGCUGUCAAGGGCUCCCGGGUCAGCAGGAAGAGCUCCACAGAAGCUGAGACAGAACUAGAUUUUCCUACUAACCUGUUGACCAGAGAAGUGACAGAAGACACAGUGACAGUAACAUGGGAUAAAGUCCAGGCUGAAAUCGACAGCUACAUGAUCAGCUACAGCUCUGCUGAGGGCUCCAGUGGGGAGAUCCCUGUUGGGGCAGACAGCACCUCCUACAGGCUGACUGGGCUGAGGCCUGGAGUCCUACCAGUCUACAUCUGGGCUGUCAAGGGCUCCCGGGUCAGCAGGAAGAGCUUCGUUGACGCUGAGACAGAAAUUGACGCACCAAAAAACCUGAAAGCAUCGGAUGUUAAACUGAAUGUAGCUACCCUGACCUGGACUGCUCCMUUAGCCAGAAUUGAUGGCUACAUCCUCACAUUGAGAGCUGAGGAUGGCAGUUUGAAGGCUGUGGAGAAGAAUCUGAGGGCAGGAGAGAGCAGCUUUGCCAUGUCGGGCCUGGAGAAAGGAAAGAACUACAUUGUUACCCUCCUUGCUUACAGAGGACCAAAGAGGAGCAGAGUGAUAGAGAUCACAUUCAAAACAGUGGGUGUGUUGUACCCAUUCCCCAUGGACUGUACUCAGAUUAAGAAGAAUGGUAACGUGGCAAGUGGAAUCUACACCGUUUACGUCAACAGUGAACGUACCAAGCCCAUGGAGGUGUACUGUGACAUGGACACUGAUGGCGGUGGAUGGGUGGUGUUCCAGAGACGCAACAAUGGACAGAUGGACUUCAUGAAGCGCUGGAGACAAUACAUGGCUGGUUUUGGGAACAUGACUGAUGAGUUCUGGCUCGGUCUGGACAAUAUCUAUGAGCUGACCAAUACUCCCACGCAGUACGAGCUGCGAGUGGACCUUGGUGUGGGUUCAGAGAAGGCCUAUGCUGUCUAUGACAACUUCAAGAUAGCCCCGGCUAAGCAGAAGUUCAAGCUGACCAUCGGUGAAUACAGUGGAACAGCAGGCGAUGCCAUGAACUACCAUCAAGGUCGCCCCUUCUCCACGGUUGACAAUGACAAUGACAUUGCUCUUGGUAACUGUGCCCUGACACAUCGUGGUGCAUGGUGGUACAAAAACUGUCACCUUGCCAACCUCAACGGMAAAUUCGGAGACAACAGACACAGCAUGGGUGUGAACUGGGAGCCAUGGAAGGGUCACCUGAUGUCUCUUGAUUUCACUGAGAUGAAGAUUCGGCCUGUUGGCACUACCAGGAAGAGGAGGUCGCUUAGCAGCAGAACAGCUCCCAGAAAAUAGUCCCUCUGAUGAACUAAAGCAGUCAAUGGGAACCUCAUUACAAACCAGGCAAAGUAGCUAGAACCUCAAACCAGGAACAUCAAUCUAUCUCAAGAUUAUUGUAUAACUUACUUUAUGUUAACAUAUCAUAUGGCUGCAGCCAUAAACGUCUUUAUUUUUAAUAGGAUAUUUGUAUUAUAUUGGUUUAUUUCAUAUAUAUUAUGAACAAGUGAACUGCAACUUUCACUGUAUAGUAUUAUCACAUGGGCAAAGUAAAAGGAUUUCGUAUCUUGGCUCUGUCCUAAAGCGGCAUUCCCCGCAGACAUAGAUUCUUAGCAAAUUACCUCURUCCUAUUGUACUGUAUAUGAUUAUAUUUUAUAGGCUGGCUCCAUGGCAUAAAACUGUCACUAUAUUCAUAACACUGUCUGCUCCUAUUAUGCAUAAUCAGUUAGAUUACCCAAUGAUACCAUGUUUUCAGAAUAGUUAUACUGCUCUUGUUCACAUUCAUAACAUAGCAGAGACCCCGACCCUCUGUUCUAAGCUCUGGUCUCUGGCCUACCCAGCCUACAGAGUUAGCUACAUAUCACAUUUCAGAUGUUAUGCAUAAGAAAUAGAAUGUAUGACAUGCUCCUUUGUAAGAUUGUAUUUUCAAGUGUGUUUUGUAAUUGUGUCGUUCCACGAAAAGAGUGCCUUUUGCGUCCCUUUGAUAUUUUAAGUAGAAAUUAAAAGCCUGCUAUAUUAAAUGAAGUGCCCUUUAAUAUAGACCACAUGGAGAAUUCAAUCAAUCGGAUUUCUAAAAUGAAUAUAGGCUUGCUAAAAUGCCAAAAUUCAGCAUUUUGACAUGUCUCUCCAUCAACUCUGUAUCACUUCUAGGAAGAUUUUAACCCACUUAAUCCCAAAAUGUCUCCAAGAAUGUCUCCAAGUUUCACCACUAUGACAGUCAUUUCUGAAGAC